AUGGCCACUGAGUAUGACGACGGACCAAAACCGGAGCAAUUCCCGUUCGAAUUCCUCCUCCGCCAUGUCGACGAUGAACCCACCAUUGCCGACUAUCGGUUCUUCCAGCAGGCUGCCACUGGCAUUAUUGAGACCGCUUUAGGUUUUGCAGUUCUUGGCGAGGUCGAAGGCGCUACCAAGCUCCUCGAAACUCUGAAGAAUCGAGGGCUCGAUCCCUUUGACGUCCUAGGUCACUCAUAUCCGUUCCUCAAACCCUGCAUGUACUUUGCAUGGGAGGCGACCUCAUCAUGGCCUUCAUGGAUACCCGACGACGAACGUACCGAAAAAAAGCUUGAGGAACUCGAGACUGAGGGACGAAUCCCAUGGCUCGAGAGGUUCAACGAGGAAUGGCAAGUCUCAGAAGAGACGGCCAAGAAGGCACUGGACAUGGCGUAUCAAGGGAUUGCAACUGUACUGCCCGACUACGAUGGCACGUUGGCUGGACAGGUUGCACAGGCAGAAAUCAUGUGGAAGAAUGGGGAGUUCUCUUCUGCGGCGAACCCCAACGGACCUAUGACGGUAUACCGUACUGCCGGACUCAUGAUUGCUCUCGACAUCUACCUGUGGCUGGGGAAGGAAGAAGAGGCCCAGACGACAUUUGAGAGGAUCUGUGGGAGACUUCAGUAUGAGGAACAGUCGAGCAACUGGCGUGCUCACAUUCAUCCGGCCAAACUCAGGCCGGCGGUGAUCCGAGCCCUGCAAAUGGCCGAGCAUCGUUUAGAGCAUGGACCAAAGCGUCGAUACAAGGGCGAGAGUAUUGAGAAGCUGGCUCACGCCAUCAGUGCAAACACAUUCCACAACUGCCCGUACGACGUAUUCGCAGCGUAUCGCCCGCCAGAGAAGCCCCGGUCUCGGCCUGAAGACGCCCAUGGCCUUUUACGACCACCUUGUUCCCCAUCAGACAUUGCAGACCUGGAGAAGCGACUGGGAGUGACACUUCCCGAGGACUACAAGGAAUUCCUCAGCGUCGCCAAUGGACUGGGAUCUAUGUGGAACGGCCAGAAUCUGGUCGAUUACUUGGUCAAAGCCGAGGAUAUCUGCUGGCAGGACAUCGACUUCCUUGGAGGGAAUUGCAUUCCCUUGCUACGCGACGACGAUCCAUCACCUUGGACUGAUAACAGACUGGACUGGCCUGAAGUUGGGAGCUUCCGGGCUAUAUGUCUUUCAGGCAAUCAAAACAACGAGGAAUCGAAUGGCCACCUCUUCCUCUUACCCCCAGGGAUGGUCCAAGAGCGCAAGGACUACUUCUUCAAGGAGUAUGAGAAGAGGAACGAUCCCCAGCGGCGUGAACUGGGCCAUGUGGUGGAGGAGACUUAUGGAAGCAUGGAAGACUUUCGAAACUUGGAGUACGUUCUUAUCAGGUGGACGCCGUGGGACAUUGAGUUUUAUCCCUACGGCGGUAUCAGAGAUCUCCUUGAGCGCAUGGCUGAAGCGGCAUUGCACAAGGAUAGGCCUUGGCUGAAUAUAUUCGAGCCAAGAUUUCGCCGGCUUGCAUGA